AUGCGGAAAUCAGUAAUGGAAAACUCCGCGCAGCGUGUGAUCGUUGCCAUGCUCUCAAAAACCGCUAAUACUGCACAGAUGGGUCGUCCGAGGAAUCAAUCCAGACCUGGGGCGGGGCCAAAAGGAGAUCUAGGCGGUUGGGGCCGUUCAUGUGGGCCCCCGGGCCAUGGCAUCAGCACCGCAUCCACCAGCGUAACCACUAGCACCAGCACCCAAGCCGCCACUGCCAGCCUGUCACGAAGCCCACCCCAGCUGCCCAGCCCAAGCCAAUCUCAUAUUGACGAUGUUAUACCGGCUCCUGGGGCCUUUGUUUCCAAUGAACCAUAUGGGGUCGACACUAUAGACCCCAGCCUGUUUUUCGAAGUCAUGCACAGCGAAGUCUUCGACCGCGCAAGUCUCGUUCAAGCCACGAACAACCAUCCAGCCCGGGCGGAGGCUGGCCAUGCAUUUUAUCCAAACAUAUCCAGUGGAACUACACAUGAAUCCCACCACAGCGAAGGGCCGGAUGCCUUCGGAGGCUCACACCAUGCUCCAGGAGCUACGGCAGUCAUGGCUGGCACAGACGACUCGGUGCUUCUGCGGCUGCAGUGUAGGCUGCACAGCUUACUGUCCGACACUUCCACUGCAGCAUUCCGUGAGAAUCGAUCCGUGGUGGUUCAGGUUCUCAGCGCAUGCAAGGACUUACUCGAGAUUCUGCAGGGGAUCUUGCUCUCCCGAGGGCAUCUCCCCAACUCGACGAUGGCCGUUGCAACUCAUGGACAGCUCCACUCUCAACCGACAGUUGAUGCUGGGCAUGCCGAACAAAACCCGUCCAGUCCCACCUUCAUCAUAGUCCUGCAAGUCAUUACAUGCUAUGGAUAUGCUUUGCAGCUGCUUGGACCUACUGUGGAAGCUCUAGCUAGUCCCGCUGGGGAUAUGGGCUCGGUGAGUCUCGGUGCCUUCAAUCUCGCGUCGCAGCCAGCCAUGAGCUCGUACGUUGCCAUGCACAUGGUUCUCCGUAUGAUCCAUCAGCUCCGUGAGUCCAUCCAUCUGCUGGUUUCCGGAUGCGGCGAGUUUGCGAAUGCACGCUCGAGAACGUCUUCCUCCCAUUCCAUGGUAAACGAGAGUCUCGAUGGGGCCGAGACGCCACAGAGUACUGAAAUUGCGGACUCGAUUCGAUUCGUGGCGGAGAUGGUAAUCGAGAAGGAGACUGCGCUAGACGAGAGGCUGUCGUGCUUUAUCAGGAGCCAGAGCCCGUUGUCAUCGGGCAAAUGA